AAAAAAACUGGUCGUGAGAGGGUCCCGUCAGGUCCUCUUUUCCCGCAAACCCCUUCCGAGAGAAACCUCGGAAGAAAUUCUCCAUCUUUUUCCAAUUCUUCGGCGAAAAAGGGAAUACACUUUGCUUUUUGUUAAGAAGAAACGGACCCAGAAGAAGAGAGAAAGCCCGAUUUGCAGGAAGACCUAGUCUCCUUCGGGUUUGGACCCGAAUACACAGAAAUGAAGGGAUGUGCGAGGAAGAAGACCCAAGUCGUGAAUGACGCCGUUCAGGCGGAUACGGCGGCGGGAGACGGCGGGGAGAGCAAAAAGAGAGACGUUGUCUCCGGCGGAGGAGGUGGUUACGGCGGGGAGUCGGCUCUUCGCGAGGUGGGUGAUGAUGGGCUUAACGAGGAUUGGGAAGAAGAAGGACAAGGAGAAGAAUAUGAAGAGGAGGAAUAUGAUGGAGAAGAGGAAGAAGAAGAUCAAGAGGAGAGGCCGAAACUAGACGAAGGGUUUUUCGAAAUCGAAGCUAUUCGUCGCAAGAGAGUUAGAAAGGGAAAGCUCCAGUAUCUAAUUAAAUGGCGUGGAUGGCCUGAAACUGCAAACACUUGGGAGCCUCUGGAGAAUCUCCAGUCUUGCUCCGAUUUUAUCGAUGCAUUUGAGGAAAGUUUGAGAUCAGGAAAGCAUGGUAGGAGACGGAAACGCAAAUCCGGAGGGUUUCAUUUUCAAAUAAAGAAGAAGCAGCCUCGUUCAGUGUCUACUUCUCAUGAUGCUACAUGUGCUCUAACUGUUUUCAUCGACAAAUCAACGACAGACCUCAACGGUUUUACUCGAAAAGUAGGUCGGGAAGUGAAGAGUGCUAAUCUAGACAACCAAGUUGAUGAAAUCGGUGGUAGUGAUGGUGUUAGUUCUAAGGGAGAGGAGGAAGAACACGAUCCCACACUUAACGAACUUAGAGGGCCAGUGUCUAAUAACGAGGUCCAUACAAAUAACUCUGUGGGAUGUUCCCAUGGAGGUGUUUAUUCAGAAGGCGAUGUUCCGAAAAAUGGCCUUCUUAAGGUUCGUUCCAAGGAGCUUGAUAAGAGCGGUCGGUGCAUAGGGGCCAAGCGAAGAAAGUCUGGAUCGGUGAAAAGAUUUAAGCAUGAUGCUACCACUAGUAAACCUACCACGAAUCCGAACCCGAGUCCUGAUUUGACUGCACUGGACACUUUUGGCGCGAUUGUGAAGCUAGGGACCGAGUAUCAUGGCGUGACGGAAAAUGGGUUGUGCCAGAAAACCAAGAUGGAAGAGUUGAAUAUCACAAAGAUCCUUAAGCCGAUAAGUUUUUCGGCCUCUGUGUCAGAGAACGUUCAGGAUGUGUCGGUAACCUUCACGGCAUUGAGGUCGGACGGGGAAGAAGUGACUGUGGACAACAAAUUUCUCAAGGCUCAAAACCCUCUUCUGGUUCCAUUCCUGCUUCUGCUUUGGUUCCAGUUGGUUGAUUUCUAUGAGCAACAUCUCAAGUACAAUCCUACUUCUUGAUUCGGCCCUAAGAUCACACGGAAAAAGGGUUAGAAUUGUUUGUACUCUUCAUUUGUUUGUAACUCUGUAGGUAGACAGAUCAGUGUGGGGGGGAAAGAAACUGGAAAUGUAUUUGUUUGAUAGCUUCUGUCUCAUUGUAUAUACGCAUCGGUUCUCGGGGGAUUAGACAAAGAUUUUGCAUAAAGCAAACUUGGAAAUUUUCCGACAAGACUGACGUUAAGUGUUAGUUACACUUGUGUGGGUUUUUA